AAAAAAAGGGAAGCUCUUUGAUUCAUGGAUAAAAAUCCGAGCGCUGCUGAAUCGCAAACAAUAGCUGGCAUUUAAAGGUAAUAUGCAGACAAACAAUUAUAAAGAGAGCUCUGCUUAAACCACUAUAUGCAGGCAUUCUCUCUGCAUAUUGCACAUAUAUAGCCACACACACAUAUAUAUAAAUCUGUAUGUGUGUAUACAUACAAGGAAGGAGGGCUGGUCAACUUCAAUAGCAGCAAAAGAAGAGAAGAAGAAAGCAGAUAGAGAAACGCCUCAGGAGAAGUAUCUCAGAGAAGAUCUGAUCUCAUUGUCAGCAACUCAGCAUCUCUGCCAAAGACUCCUAACAGCCUGCUCCAAGCUCUCCCUGGCUCCUUGCUUUAGCAUUUCAUUCCUCUUUCUUCUCACUUCGAGAUUUACUUUUUCCUCUUCUAUAUUUUUCAUACAAUCUAGCUAGGGAGCUUUCCCAUCCUCUCCCCUCUUCUUUUUUUGGCUAUUCUUCAAUACAUUUAUUAACUCAGCCUGGAUCCACCUUAUUUUUUUCUGGAUUUGUGGCUUACAUCAAACUUUUAAUCGAAAUCACAGUGACCGAUCAAUUCAGUUCCCGACUCAAGGAACAAGGGAAAUGCUGUUUACCUUCUGAAUGAUCUAGUGGGGAAACUUCCAGGACACUUGGCUGUAACUUGCACUCAAGCAUCUCUCAUUUGAAAAAAAGAGUGGGCUUUUUAUAUGAAUGACAAUGUGCAGAAGAGCAUUGCUCACCUGGUUGCUUGUGUAUGGAAUAAUGCGCUGCAGCGUCCACUCCUCACCUGCUGCGCUCAAGUACCCGGCUAUUAGGCUUGAAGAUGAAGUGUAUGAUGAGGAUGGUAACACUCUUCCAGACUUUGGGUUCGAUAGCGAUCCGAUCAGCAUUGGAAAUCCAGCAUCGGUUUUAGACGAUAUGUACUCCUUUUAUUACCCAACGGAAAAGAGACAUGCUGAUGAUCUAUUAAACAAAGCCUAUAGGAAUGUGUUGGGGCAACUAUCCGCAAGAAAGUACCUGCAUACUCUGAUGGCCAAACGUUUGGGUGCAAUGAGUAGCAGCUUGGAAGAUGACUCAGAACCUUUAUCCAAACGACACUCAGACGGUAUCUUCACUGACAGCUACAGCCGCUACAGGAAACAAAUGGCUGUCAAGAAAUACUUGGCAGCUGUCCUUGGAAAAAGGUAUAAACAAAGAGUUAAAAACAAAGGACGCCGAGUAGCAUACUUGUAGCGAUGAGAAAAGCACCCUUCCUGCAUACACAGCCCCAACAAAUCAAAGUCACCCCCAAAUUGACUGAACAAUCAUCGCUCCUGUGUUAUCUACAAACAUGUAUUUAUGUAUGAAGUAAAGCCAUUAAAUGAAUAUUUUGAUAAUAA